AUGAGGUGGAUUUUAUUGGUUUUCCAAGUUGGAUGCUGCUCAAACCAUCACCUGCCCGGUUAUGAUGUAUUUUGUCAAUUUCAUUUUUCAGAUUCGUUGUUUAUCAUCUAUACAAACAUGUCCAAUCCAUCUGAUAUUCCCAAUAAUCAAAUUGCCAACGAGCAACCCAAAGACAAGACUGAUCAUGCCGCAGAAAAGUCCCAUAAAGCUGAAGAACAUGCCCAUACCGGUACCCACCAUGGACAUGACUCUCAUGUUGCCCCUGUUAAUGUCGCUGAAACGCAGGCCCCACUUGGAAAUUAUAGCAUCUUAAGUGGCAUUCAGCCAUUAAGAUAAACAAGAACACUUACUACCAUUUUAAGUUUAUAAAUAAAACUACCAAUACUACUUAAAACAGGCUGAAAUGUCAUAAA